AGAUAAUCGAGCACGUCUUGGACGUAAUGAGCUCCGAAGCCACGAAGGAGAAAGAUGGCGGUACGGAAACACAAGAAGAAACUCCUAUUGAUAAGUUUCAUCUUGUUUUCAUAAUUUUUCUUUUGGAAGGCAUCGCUGUUCUUAUUCCAUGGAAUAUGUUCACAACAAUCGCUCCAAACUACUACGUGGAGUACUGGUUUACAGUUGACGGGAACAAAACAUCCUAUGCAAAAAGUUUCAUGAGCGCUCUGGGUAUAACAGCUCAGAUACCGAAUUUCUCUGCAGCGCUUAUCAGCACACUUCAGAUUUUGGGAGGCCCCUUGAUGUUCCGGGUUGCUGCGACACUUCUAUCAAAUUGUCUUUGUGUUACUGCAAUUCUUGUCUUGGUUAUAUCUCAGAACCCUAGCGAAGACGCAAUGAACUGGUUCUACAUCGUGUCUUUGGUCAUUGUGUUAUUCUUAAACGCAUCCAAUGGUCUCUUCCAGAAUUGUGUGUUCGGACUGGUGGCCGACUUUCCUGCUAUAUAUACGAAUGCAUUCAUCGUUGGUCAAAACAUCUGUGGUGUAGUCAUUACUAUACUUGCAAUAAUUGCAACAUCUUGUUUACCUACGCAAUACAAAACAGUGACAGAAAUAUUCUUUUCUAUCUGUUUGGGAGUUUUGAUUAUCUGUGUCAUAUCGCUUGUGAUUCUUACGAGAUCGAAGUUCUAUCACUACUAUCUUGAAAGAGGGAACCAAGCUCGUGCUGUGCAGCAAUCCAGUACACCAUCAUUUUCACAGUUUGUGGAAACAUUCAAAGGAUGUUGGAUGCAAUUAGCAAAUGUCACACUGAUAUUUUUCGUCACACUUUCCUUAUGCCCUGCAAUCCUGGUUGGUAUAACACCCAGUGCCAAAGGACAGAAAUGGAAUAGCAGCAUACCGAAAGAACUUUAUUACCAAAUCACAGUGUUCUUAGUAUUUAACAUUAUGGCACUCUCUGGUUCGACCACUGCAAAUUUCAUCCAAAUUCCGGGACCCCGUACGUUGUUUUACUUUGUUUUGGCGCGACUCCUGUUCAUCCCAUACUUCAUGCUUUGCAAUUAUAAUGUAGACGAUCGCGUCAUGCCAGUUAUCUUCGAGAAUGAAUGGUUUUUCAUAAUAGGGCAUGCUAUUUUGUCGUACACAAACGGAUAUUUCAGCUCUUUGGCGAUGAUGUAUGCACCGAGAAUAGUACCAAGUCCUCUUGCAAAAACAGCAGGAAUGCUCGCGUCAUUAUUCCUGCUAUCAGGCAUCUUGUUAGGAGUGGCGUUUACACCAGUAAUAAUUACGAUGGUCAACAGUAUACCCUAAUGGUGCAGAAACCGAAGCUAUUUGUAGAUCGAUGUUAUCAAUGUAGCAUUUGUUGAAGGACCUUAAGACAGUGGCUCGGCAAAUCUCACCCUAGUCAAAUUUUCGCUUAACUAGGGUUAUUCAAUACGCUGAUUCCAAAAAUCC